AUGCCGAUUAGUGAUUACGGUGUCUGGAAAGCAAAACCUGUACACUAUGUCGUUGAACAUGAAUGGGAUGACAACAAAAGCCCGCAUUUAUCACUAUACUUUAGUGAUAAAGGAGGACUGAGUCACCAUUCUGGCUUCGACUUUCGCCGGGCCAGCCGACCCAACAAAGGCAACAAAGGCAACAAAGGCCACAAAGGCCAGAAAGGCCAGAAAGGCGACAAAGAAAUCCCUGGGCUCUUCAGAGCAGCAAUUAACAUCAAGUCUGGUGAUAAGCAUGAAUCGCGACUUACCUACUGGGUGAAUCACGACUUCAAAAAUCACCCCAUCGUCAAUAAUCUCACAGACCUACCCUCGGGGUUUUCUCCCCUCGAAGAAUCGGAGCCAAACCCUGCUGGGGUGAGACUAGACUACAUCCGGAGCAACCUAUUCAAUAUCAACACCGGUCGAGUCCUACCCCAUGACGAACCAGGUCGGGACAAUGAUAUGAUUGAUGUUCUAGAACCUGAAGUUAUACAGGCGAUUGAACAAGAGGCCGAAAUUUACCUAUUUGGAGAACCGUUCGACAAUCGAAGAGGUAAACACAAUGUGCAUAUAGGUAUUCACAAUGUGCAUAUAGGUAUUCACAAUGUGCAUAUGAAUCAAGGUAAUAUUGAGAAAUUCGCACAGGAUGACGGUGUGUUCCAAGAUGGUGGCCUUUUGAUCAACUACCCAUCUGGUCGAUGGGUCGGGGUCUUUAUCGGAUUCGCAACACAAGCUGUGCACACCGAUGAAGAGAAUGGGCAUGCCAUAUCAGAGGAGACAUGGGGUGACUAUCUGGAGACAAAGAAAAAGAAGAAGAAGAGAGAAACCGAGCUGACCGAGGACUCUGUGAUAAUUGACGGGGCGUUGAUCAACCCUGAAGCCGGACGCAGGUCGGUUACUCUCACAAAUCCAAAAGACCACAAGAUGCCCCUGUCUUCCUGGAAAAUUAAAAAUUCAGCUGGUGAAAUCCAAGCACUGCCGCGUGAUGCAGCUUUGGGUGCUAAGUCGACGCAAGCGUUCGACAUUCCAGAUGUUCAUCUCUCGAACCUUGGCGAUACCAUCACACUGUUGAACGAAAAAGGACUGAAAGUUGAUGGGGUGAGCUAUCGCUCGGGAGUUGAAAGGCAACCAGUUGCUUUUGCUCAUUAA